AUGAAGUUCACAGCCUCGAUCAGCAUCGCAGCCCUUGCGUUGCUUAUCCAGACAACCACAGCUCACACUUGGGCAGAUGAACUCAGAGUCAUCGCACGAAACGGAACCUUCACUUCAACUGGCUACCCGCGUGGCUUCGUUCCUCGGACAGACAAAGGCAACCCCGACGAUAACCUCUACGAACUUCAAAACAUCAUCCCUAAUGAUGCGCCGAUCUGUGGCCCAAAACAACUGAAGGGAGCAGCGGUGAACCCUCUGUUCCCAACUUUGAGCGCUGCUCCAGGAGACUUUGUUGCCAUCAGAUACCAAGAGAAUGGACAUGUUACUGAACCCACCCAAUCAGCCAAGGACGGUUUGGGUAAGGGAUUUGGCAGCGGUCUCGUGUACGUUUACGGAACAGCAGACAGCAAAGCAACCGACAUGUACAACUCCAUUCACAAGGUAUGGAACAAAGAUGGAACUGGUGGAGACAAGCGAGGAAAGCUUCUUGCCGUUCAGUACUUCGAUGACAUGGAAUGCUUCCUCGCCGGCAACACCAACGGCGAUCUCUUUGUGGACCCCCCCACCAACAAAACAACCCUCGCUAUGGCAAGACAAGCAGCCUAUUAUCAUGAAACGGACGGACUCAUGGGGGUGAAUCUCUGGUGCCAGACCGACUUCCAAAUCCCAGCAGAAGCACAAGCAAACAAAGACUACAGCAUCUACUGGGUUUGGGACUGGCCCACCAUGGAUCAAACCACUGGCAAACAAACCCUCAAUCAAAGCUACACCGCCUGUGCUGAUAUUGCCAUCGCUGGCUCUGUCAACACAGAGCCCAUCGCGUAUGUUGCACCUCAAGAUCUCAACAACGCUGCGCAAUGGAGUCAAAUGGUCAAUCCUUUUGUCGUCGAUCCCACCGCCGCUCAAAAACCAUGGUCUCUUCGCGUCACCACCGAACUCUUUGCUACUCCAACUCCCAAUGGUAUAGCUGCUUCCACUGGAAUUGGCGCCAGCUCACCGGUCGGAACAACAGCUCAUGUGCAACCAACCACCGCAUCCUCCUCCAUCACUCAACAAACCUCCAUCACUCAACAAAGUCCUUCCACCACCCAGCAAGCAGCGACCACCACUUAUCCUGCCACUCAACAGGGCUUCACCACUGUCACCGUCUACGUCACUCUCACCUCAGGCGUAGCGGAACCAACCAGUGUUGCAACCGCUGCGCAAGCAGGUGUGGGAGCUCCAUCUGGUGUGGCAUCAGCAAGCGGCUCCAAGAUCUCUGUUGAACCUUUCAUGAAGCGCUCGAUCCAAAUUCGAGGACGCAACGUCGAUUGA